ACGCGGGGGACACUAUUCGUUUCCGUGUUGGCUUUCCCAUCAUAGGUGUAUUUAGUCCCGGUGGGGAAGUGAUAUGUUGGGGUUUUUUUCCCCCUGCAACAGAUAAUUUAUUAGCAUCCGAAACAUAUAUAGGUAUUAUAUUUCCGUAAAGGGAUUAGCUGAAAUAUAAGGGAGAAAUUUGGGAUUUUCUCAUGCUUAUGACUGAAGAACAGCACGUUCAUGUAGAAUCAAAAGGUCUCCUUUGGGAAUUGCUGGAUCCCUCUUUUCUGCCCUUGAAAAAUAAGCUGUAGUGUGACCAUUCAAAGCUAUGCCCCUAUCAACCCAAGCUGAAACAGGAGAAGAGCAGAAUGUUUUAGUAGCAACUCUGGACAAUGUCAGAAACCUCUCCAAUAUCCUGAAGGCCAUUCAUUUCAGAGAUCACGCCACCUGCUUUGCUACUACAAAUGGACUCAAAGUCACAGUGGAAAACGCGAAGUGUUUGCAGGCCAAUGCUUUCAUUCAGGCAGGAAUUUUCCAAGAAUUUGUGGUACAAGAAGAAUCUGUGAUGUUCAGAAUCAAUCUCUCUGUUCUUUUAGACUGUUUGACCAUCUUUGGUACAAGUUCUUUCCCAGGAACUCAAGCAGCUCUUCGGAUGUGCUAUCGAGGUUAUGGUUACCCUUUGACACUUUUUCUAGAAGAAGCCAGUGUUGUGACUGUGUGCAAAAUCAACACUCAAGAACCAGAAGAAAUCCUCGAUUUUGAUUUUUGCAGCACAAAUGUUGUGAACAAAAUAAUCUUGCAGUCGGAGGGCCUGCGGGAUGCAUUUUCUGAACUAGAUAUGACCAGUGAGGUGCUGCAGAUCACAAUGUCUCCAGACAAGCCUUAUUUCAGGUUAUCCACAUUUGGGAAUGCUGGAAGUGCACAUUUAGAUUACCCCAAAGAUUCUGACCUAAUUGAAGCUUUUCACUGUAAUCAAACCCAGACAAACAGAUACAAGAUUGCGUUGCUCAAGCCGUCCAUUAAAGCACUAGCUUUAUCUUGCAAAGUAUCAAUUCGAACAGAUAACCGAGGUUUUCUCUCAUUGCAAUACAUGAUCAGGAAUGAAGAUGGACAAAUCUGCUUUGUGGAGUAUUACUGUUGCCCUGAUGAGGACAUCACUGAUGGAGAGCUAUAGCUCCAGAAGACAAACUAUUAUUAUCUCCCUUUCCCUUUCAUUGAAAGCAUGGAAGAUAUUAAAUUAUAAAUGCAAA